UCGGGCGCAAGACCUCAGACGGAGAGCCGCGGCUUCUGCCUGGGCCCCAGGCCUUCAGCGUCUAACGCCCGGCUGCACCCCGACUCCACCCACCAGGCAACCACUCCGCCAGCCCCGCCUCCGCCUCCACCAAUAGCGGCCCGGCGGCCCGGCCACGGCGACCAAUCGAACGCCGGAGGAAGCGUGGGGUCGCCAGGUGACCACGCGCCGUCCCAACGGGCCGGAAAGUUGCCGCCACGCCUGGCCGGCAGAGCUCGCGGUUCGGACCCCUGCCCUUCCCCGCAGUGCCCUCACCAUAAGCGUUUCCACCGUGUCUCCGACAUCUUGGGGUUGCAGCAGCGACUGACGGGAGUUCUGAAUCAUUGGGGAUGGGGCCCGCGAGUGCUCUGGGCCCAGGGUGCCGUCGACGGGAGCUUGGGCCUAGCCCUGGAGGCCUUGAAGAAGGCGAGGGGAUGGCGCUAGUCCGGCGAAGCGCUUUAAGCCGAGGGCUGUCUUACGUCUGUGCCUGUAAGCACGCAGCCACCGGGGUUUGGAGCCUGCUAGUCCGGGAGCUGCGGGCGCGGAACAAUCCCGCCGCCAGAAUUACGCGCCGCUCUUCACUGGCGCCGCAGACUCCGCGGCUCUGCUCUCCUGCCCAUCUUGCCCCGCCGCAGGCUUCAGCACCGGAGGAGAUGAGGUUCUGUGUAUCCGGGGAUGGAGGAAGCGCCAGACGAACUCUGUAGAAGAGGAGAUUUCGCUUCCGGGUGGGACACUCGUCACGUGAGAGUGUUCUGGGUGCCACCUGGUGAAAACGCCC